AUACAAAUGACAAUAACAAUAGAAAUAGGGAUACACCGAGGAAGAGGAUAACUGAAAAUUCGAGCUGAAUUUGUUCUCGAGUUUCCUCUCUUACUUUGAUAAAUUUGGCAACAAUGGCGCCGCUUCCUGGACCCUACUCCGGCAAGAGCUCUCUCGCAAUGGUGGCUAGGGUUUCUGCUUUUUCCUUUGGACUUGUCUACGGCAGUUUAAAACUCAAGGUUCUUAAGAUUCAGGCCAAGUCUCAUAAAAAGGCUGAAGCUAAAGCUCAUCACUAGAGGAUUAUAUUUUACUUUUUUUCCGGAAUGAAAAUAAGUCAUGAGAAAAAGCAGUUUUUCAUUAUGGCCUGAUGUGCAGGACCAUAAACCUCUACUUGAAUUGGUCAGUUGGCAUACAAUGGUUUGAGCAGUAUUUACAUUAAUCUCUUUGUUUUGGAUAUAUGCUCUGUGCUCAAGUUUCCUUGAAAUUCGGUUGAUCACUAUUUUAACACGAUUAACAGGUUUUGCUUC